UGAAGUUAACAAAACGUAGAGCAUGCAGAAGUUUAUUGAGGAGGAAUACAUAGCCUACGGUUCAACCGGAAAGCACCAAGUUGAAUUACAGUAUAGAAUUUCGCCCUCUGGGUGUUCGGUAACUUAGUGGAAAUAUGGAAUCUGCCACAGAGAAGAUUUUAGUGGCGCUGUAUAUGGUCUUCAGUUGCUGCAUCAACUGUUCACACUCUUUCAAUGUUGGAACAUCGGGAGCCAAAGUAUUCACUGGUCCGAUGACUGAAGAGUUUGGAUACGUUGUGAAACAGUUCAUUAAUCAUCAAGGCAAAUGGCUCCUGGUUGGUGCUCCCUGGAGUGGCUACCCACAGAACAGGAAAGGAGAUGUUUACAAGUGUCAAAUCCCAGGGUCCACAACCACUUGUGCAAAACUGGACCUGCAAAGAUAUGUCAGGAUCCCAGAUGUGAAAAACAUUGACAUCAACAUGACUCUUGGUUUGACACUCACCCGGCCAGCCAGACAGGAUGGAUUCAUGACAUGUGGACCUCUGUGGGCCCAACAAUGUGGCAGCCAGUAUUUCACCCCUGGAAUCUGUGAUGAAGUGACCCCCCUCUUCAGUCCAUUAUCCUCAUUCUCCCCAGCCAUUCAGACUUGUGGGGGUCCAAUGGAUGUCGCAAUUGUUCUGGAUGGGUCUAAUAGCAUUUGGCCUUGGAAUCCAGUUGUUAAUUUUCUCAAGAAAUUGUUAGAAAAUUUGGACAUUGGUCCAGAUAAUACUCAGGUGAGUGUUGUUCAGUAUGCAGUUGACCCAUCUUUUGAAUUCAAACUGAACUCCUAUAAAACCAAAGAGUCCAUCAUUGCUGCUGCCUCAAAAAUACCUCAGAAACAGGGUACUGAAACAAAUACAUUCCACGCCAUUGAAUUUGCGAGGAAGAACGUUUUCUUGCCAGAAAAUGGUGGCCGUCCCAGGGCAAGUAAAGUGAUGGUGGUAGUGACAGAUGGAGAGUCUCAUGACAAGAGCAUGAGGAUCGAUGUCAUCGGGAAGUGUGAGGAAGCCAAGAUCACACGCUUUGGCAUUGCUGUGCUUGGAUACUACUUAAGAAAUGAGUUGGACACAAAAAACCUCAUUACAGAAAUUAAGUCAAUUGCUAGUGCCCCAGCAGAGAAGUACUUUUUCAAUGUCUCAGCUGAAGAUGCUCUUCUGGAGAUCGCAGGGACACUUGGGGAUAGAAUCUUCAACAUAGAAGGAACUGGGAAAGGAGGGGAGAAUUUCCAAAUGGAGAUGUCCCAAGUGGGAUUCAGUGCUCACUAUUCCACUAAAAAGGAUGUCAUGAUGUUAGGUGCUGUAGGAGCCUAUGACUGGAGUGGCACUGUGGUCCACAAAACAACCCUGAAAACAGACACAUUCCCCAAAAAAGCCUUUGAGAAAAUCUUGGAAGACCGAAACCACAGUUCUUUAUUGGGCUACUCUGUGACAACACUGUCUGAUGGAAACACAGAAUACUACGUUGCUGGUGCACCUCGUUCCAAUCACACAGGUCAAGUCAUAGUCUACACUAUCGAUGCCCAAGGGCAGCCAACAGUCAUCGAUUCAGAAAGAGGAGAGCAGAUUGGCUCCUAUUUCGGCAGCGUCUUGUGCCCCCUGGAUGUGGAUAAAGACAGUGUGGCCGAUGUGCUGUUGGUCGGGGCUCCAAUGUUCAUGAGCGAAUUCAAAAAGGAAAAGGGAAAGGUGCACGUCUUCUCCGUCACAAAGGGCGUUCUCAGUGAUCAGGGCUUUCUGGAUGGGCCGUUCUCCUCGGAGAAUGCUCGUUUUGGCAUGGCCAUCGCCGAGGCGCCCGACCUCAACCUCGAUGGCUUCAACGACGUGGUGGUUGGAGCCCCGCUGGAGGACAAAAACAGGGGCAUCGUUUACGUCUUCAACGGAGACAGGAAGACCAUCAGAAGACAGUACUCACAGAAAAUUCUGGGAUCUGAAUUAGAUCCCAAACUGCAGUAUUUCGGAAGGUCUCUAGAUGUUUACAGAGAUUUGAAUGAUGACACAAUCCCGGAUGUUUCUGUUGGAGCCUACGGCAAUGUGGUUCAGCUCUGGUCCAGAGGGUUAGCGACUGUGAAGGCAACCGCCACCUUCUCACCUGAUAAAAUAAGCAUCCUCAGUAAACCCUGCACUGUCAAUGGGAGGAAGGUCUUCUGUUUCAAAGCCAAAAUCUGCUUCAGUGCAUCGUUUAAGCCAAAAGUACCAGUAGGACCUGUUGCUGUUACCUACAAACUCACCCUCGAUGCAGAUCUGCAGUCAUCUCGUGUCAGUUCAAGGGGCCUGUUCACUAACAACAAUGAACGACAUCUGCAGAAAGAUAUCGCAAUUUCCGCACAGGGAGUGUGUGAAGAAUAUGAGGUUUAUGUUCAGGAAGCCCCUGACUUUGUGAACUCCAUUGGCCUACGAGUGGACGUUGACCUGCAGAAGCCUGACGCCAACCCUGUACUUGAUGCAUUCAGUCCAAACGCUUGGGAAUUCUUUAUCCCCUUCUCCAAGGAAUGUGGUUCUGAUGAUGUCUGUGUAAGCGAUCUGGUGUUGAACGUCAAGAGGUCAUCCGACACAUCAAGCUCCACCCCGUUUUUGGUCAGCAACAAGAACAGAAGAGUUUCCUUUGACAUUUCUGUGGAAAACAAGAAGGAGAAUGCUUACAAUUCCAGAGUCAUUGCAACGUUCUCCAAAAAUCUGUUCUACGCAUCUAUAACCCCACCUAGUGAUGGAACUGAGGUCAAAUGCGCCUCUCAAGAAACUGGAACGGUGUCCUGUCAACUGGGAUACCCUGCUCUCAAUACAAACCAAAAAGUGACGUUUGGAAUUAACUUUGACUUCAAUCUGAAACAGCUGCAGAGGGAAGCACAAGUUCACUUUGAGGCUGUAAGUGACAGCACAGAAGAAUCUCCCAACAACAACAAAGCUGAUAUCUCUUUUCCAGUUCAGUAUGACUCUGAAAUCAGUUUGACAAGAGAGGCCAAUAUAAAUUUUUAUGUUGUGAAUGAACACGCCCCAGUAAAGACUACAGUGACAGACUACAAUGACAUUGGUCCAGAAUUAAACUUCGCACUGAAAGUUUCCACAGGGAACUUCCCGGUUAGCCUGGUCUACCUCACAGUCUCCUUCCCAGUUUACACUAAAGGAGGAAAUCCAUUGUUCUACUUAACAGGAGUCAACACUCAGCCAGUCAGCGAUGUGAGCUGUGAGGUAAGCGGCCUGAUCGACCCGCUGAAGAUCAAGCAGAAGCCCCACACAGCCUCUUUCUCCAAGGAGAGCCUCAGAGGGCAAAAGGAGUUGGACUGUGAGAGUGCCACAUGUAAGUCUAUGAAAUGUUUGCUGAAGGAUAUGGGAAUAAAAAGUCAUUACUUGGUCAAUAUCACCACAAGGAUCUGGAAUGGUACACUGGCCUCGUCAACCUUCCAGUCCAUUGAGCUCGCUGCAACUGCAGAAAUAGAGACUUCGCAGCCUGAACUUCUAGUCAUCAGUCAUAAGAAGCUUCCGGUAGCAAUAAUCAUCAGUAAGCCAGAGGAGACAGCAGAUGUGCCCAUAGGAGUGAUUGUGGGGAGUGUGAUAGGAGGUUUGCUGCUAUUAGCCAUCGCAGUUUUCCUGCUCUGGAAGUUUGGCUUCUUCAAGAGGAAGUACCAGCAGCUGAUGAAGAAUGAGCACGAGAACGAGGACGAGAGAGAGUACGAGAAUGUCGGACUGCAGGCAAACACUGCUUGAGUCUUCCCUGCCAGACUGGAGGAGCCGGAAACGGCUGCCUGAGAGGUCCUCGUGCUCGCCUCUUCACCGCAACGGAAAAGGGAAAUUAAUUUACGGAAAUCAUUUGACACCGGGACCCCCGGAAAAGCAGGCCUUGCACUAGCUGCGGCCACCUAGCCGCAGACUCCGUCGACCUCUUUCGCUGGGUGGAUGUGCUUGUUGCUUUGCAGGAAGGCUCGUUUAAAGGCCUGGGACGUGGGGGACACAAUGAAAUAGAUGCCUCGGAGAGCCAAAAUGAAACGCAGAGUUCGAUCAAUGUUAGAUAAAGCUGACUCUCAGACUACAAAGCACAAUGAUAGCACUGUGUCUGCCUGCAAGCAGGAAAAUUAAGUAAUUACUGGACUUUUCCCCCCUAAAGCUGAACUGAAAUAUUGUUUGGCUCCUGAUGCCAUACUUGUGUAUGGAAGCUUUAGCACUUUUCUCCAUUCAGUAUUGCUGCCUCAGUGUAGCUGAUGGCAAUAAAUACUUGCAUAUGGUUUUAGCAUUAAGUAGGAUUGGGCAGGCUUGUUUGCUGAGGAUAGCAGGAUGGGGUUAGAAUUUUUUCUUUUCAUUGCAAGACAUGUAUCCUAUCCAUCGCAGGGCCCACACACCAUUACUCACACACUGAUAUCUACAGGCAAUUUAAACCUGCCAGGUAGCCUAACCUGCAUGUCCUUGAACUGUGGGAGGAAACACACAUGGGGAGAACACGCAGACCUCCACACAAAAAGGCCCCAGCGUGGAUUCAAACCCAGCCCUUCUUGCUGUGAGGUGGCAGUUCUUCACUGUACCACAGUGCCACCCGUCUUAUUUAUUAACUGUAAAUAAAUUACUUGAAAAUACAGAUCAAAUGGAAUGUGUCCAAAUACCCCAUCUCUCGCAUACGGCGAUGUACUACUCAAAAUAGGUACAGAACUUACAGAGCUGUAACUCAAUGUAAAAUGAAACUGCUGAAGCUGAAUUGUUUUAUGGAUGGUAACACUGGCUGUCUACAACCCCCCUUGAAAAGCAAUUAUUUAGCAAGUUAAAAUUUAACAUUAAUGUUAAUGUUUAACAAAUACAAAGCCA